CCUCCAUCAUGAGUACCCAACCACCUUAUCCCCUUCACGAAUCGGUCCUCGAGCGAAUCGACCCCGAAUAUGCUGCUUUCUACAAUAAGAACAUCCUCGACAAGCAGCAGGUACACUUGCAACCUGUAGAGGCGUCGAGAACAAGCGGCACGCUUAUCCCAGGCAGUGGUCCCUUGCAGCCCGUAGCCAGCACCGUCGACUAUUCCAUCGCUCGGGCCGAGAGCCAGGGACCUGACGUUAGAGUACGAUGUUUCACUCCCCGAGGUAGUAAGCCGGCAGCUGGAUGGCCUGUGUGUGUCUACUUCCACGGCGGGGGCUGGGUACUCGGGACAAUCGACACCGAGAAUGUAAUUGCCUCGCAUCUUUGCGCGCGAGCCGAGUGCGUGGUUGUCGCCGUCGACUACAGACUAGCUCCAGAAAACCCUUUCCCUGCGGCCGUUCAUGAUUCGUGGGAGGCUGUUCUUUGGGUGGUUGGGGAUGGUGCGGAAAAGCUUAGCCUAAACACCACCAAGAUGGCCACGGGUGGUUCGUCAGCGGGAGCAAACUUGGCUGCCAUCAUGUGCCAGAGGGCGGCUGAUCGAGGAGGACCAAAAUUCUCGCUCCAGCUUCUCUCAGUUCCCGUCAUGGACAACACCGCCAACACCACGAACAACGUCUCUUGGAGAGAGAAUCAAAACUCCCCUGCUCUUCCCGCGCCAAAGAUGCUUUGGUACCGGAAACAUUACCUGCCCGAGGAAGAUGACUGGUCGCACCCCGAGGCGAGCCCUCUCUUCUGGAAGGGCGACUGGUCGAAGCUGCCACCGGCGUGCUUUGUACUUGGCGAAUUGGAUGUUCUCCGUAGCGAAGGGGAGAUUUUUGCCGUGAAGCUUGAGGAAAACGGCGUUUCUACAGACGUCACCACCAUGAGGGGCCAGCCGCAUCCUUUCAUUGCUAUGGAUGCUGUUCUGGAAGCAGGUUCUCGUGCCAUCACGUUGUUCUGCAACGCACUACGCAAGUCCAUGUAUAGCUAGAUCAUCUGAGUGAUAGUGAUGAGCUAAAUAUGUCUCUUUUAUGUUACUAGCUGAGGUAAAGGGGAAUAUCGGUGUUAUUUGUGAAUGGCAUUCUAGGUAUCUUCUCAAUUUGGAGGACCGACGAGUGAAUUCCUACACGGUUAUCUAGCAUCUGAUUGGAAGCGUGUUUCUUUUUGCGGGGGACUAUACACAUCUCAAGACUCCCGUAUAUAACACUGCUAAGAUUUCUUGUCAAAUUUUUU